AAUAUAGGAGCGGUAAUUCGGCGCUACAGGGAGACGCAAAUUAAUCAGUUUUAAGCCCUAUUAAGAAUUAAAGUGCUUCUAAUUAUAUCCUUUUGACAAUUUUUCAUAUCAUUUUACCUUUUUCCAUCAUGACUACGGAACGCAAAGUUAGUUUCAAUAGCAGAGGCCUCAACGUUGUUGGUAUUCUGCGAAGCCCCGAUACUUCAGCAACAAACCGCAAGCGUGCCGCUAUUGUAGUUAGCCAUCCAGGUGGGGGUGUCAAGGAGCAGACGGCUGGUCUGUACGCUAGUCUUCUUACCGAGCAGGGGUAUAUCACCUUGGCUUUCGAUGCAGCUUACCAGGGUGAGAGCUCUGGGGAGCCGCGUGGACUAGAAGAUCCUGCCCAGCGUGUAGAGGAUAUCAAAUCGGCAGUGACUUAUCUGUCCCUCCUGCCUGAGGUGGACACUGAGCGAAUUGGAGGAUUGGGAAUUUGCGCUUCCGGAGGUUAUAUAAAUUUUGCUGCUCAGACUGAUGUUCGCAUUAAGGCUGUCGCGGGUGUUAGCUCUGUAGAUUUUGGUCAGAUGAUCCGUGAAGGUGUUAAAGAUACUGCGGCUGCAUCUCCUGCUUCUGCGAUCGCUGGCACGCUAGAAGCUGCUGCCAAGGCACGCCUUGCUGAAGCGAAGGGCGAAGAGUAUGCUCAAUUGCCAUUUGCUCCCGACGACCCUGCUACCGUCCCGGACGUCUACCCAGCUCUCUACAAGGAGGCGGCUGACUACUAUCGUACUCCUCGUGGAGGUCACUGUCGCUCAACCAACCGUUUUCCGCUCCGGAGUACCGAUUUACUUGCCAAUUUCGAUGCCUUUGCCUUCAAUCAUUUAAUUUCUCCUCGCCCACUUCUCAUGAUUGCUGGUUCCGACGCGGACACCAAAUAUUUCAGCGAGAUUGCCAUCGAGAAGGCCAAAGAACCUAAGGAACUCUUUGUUGUUCCUGGAAAGACUCAUAUUGCGCUUUAUGAUGAUUCUAGUGUGGUUCUUCCUAAAUUGGUGGACUUCUAUUCUAAAUCGAUCUCUAAGUGAGACUGUUGACAUUUUGUUUCAUUUAGACCAUUACCAAAGUUAGAUCUAGACUGAUUACACAAGCAUGCAAUGACUAUGAUAUA